GGAAAUAACUCAAGAAACUGACGAUAAAGAAGAAUCGGGCGAUGAAGAAAGGAUUUGGGACGAAAUAAUUUAUAAGGAAGAAGAUGUAGACGAGAGAGAGGGGUAUUAUGCUAGGGAAAUGUGCGGAGAGACAGAUAUCCAGGAUCAACAGCAACUAGACUUAUCCGGACCAGCAGCAUAUCUAGCCCAAAUAGAAGAACUCCCGACGUCACCCGAAGAAGAACAAGAAGGAGAGCCAACGGUAGAAGAAGUAAUAGGGGCAAUGAAGUUAGAUGAGGAGUUAGAAAAAGGGCAGGCGGAACAAGCAAGGGAAUUGCUAUUCAGGGAACAAGAUAUCUUUGCACAGUCCGUAUUGGAACUAGGAUGUACGGAAAUG